GGUAAGCAUUCUCUCUGUCCUCCAUAAACUUACAAACAAGACACUGGGAACAUGGAGAGUCAAACAUUCACAUCAGCACAAAACAGAAGUGAUUGACUGACCUGCCAAAGCAAGAGAUCCUCUCGAAGAAAACAGUUGAAUGGAUCACACUCACAUGAUAAUGGUGGAAGUGACAAAGUGUUGAGAAUUAAGAAAGGCUAAAGUGUGAGGCAGGUCGAUCAGAUAGAAGUUCUCGGAGUGUGAACCAGAGCAAAGAUGAAGAUCCGUGCCAUGCAGAUCUGGGGAUUCCUGUUAGCGGUCCUGGGCUGGAUCUUUGUCUCCUGCUCCAUGGCCAUGGAAGGCUGGAAGAUCGCCUCUAUCGGAGGGCAGGGUGGGAGCUCUAUCAUAUCAGUGGGCUGGUACUGGUCCAGUCUGUGGAGGGCCUGCUUCACGGACUCCACUUCCACAUCCAACUGCUACGACUUCCCUGUGCUGUGGUCCGUGGAAGGUUACCUUCAGAUCGUGAGGGCUCUGCUGAUGUCUGGGAUGGGUGUCGGAAUGCUGGGAUUUAUCCUGAGUCUUGUAGGGAUGGAAUGCACUUACAUUGGAGGAAAAGAUAAGGAGAAGAACCGAGCCGUGUUCACAGGAGGCAUCUGUCAUGUAACCAGUGGUAUGCUGGCUGCCUCUGGUUAUGCAGUUUACGCUCAGAGUGUUUCUGCAGAGUUCUUCAACCCUAGAUUUGAUGGAUUGGAAUUUGACUUGGGAACUCCAUUGUUCCUUGGAUGGACAGGAUGUGCUUUUCAGAUCACUGGAGGGAUUUUCUUCCUAGUUUCAGUCCGCAAGCUCUGGUCUCAGACUAACAGCAGUGCACCAGCUCUCAGCGUUCCUGUUGUGGAGGACAAUGCCAUCCGUUCUUCUCACGCAAAUAUUUCCAUCAUAUCUGAACUCUCAACUAAAUCCAACAUGUCAGCCAUAUCUGAGCUCUCCUCAAAGUCUGAAACAUCACCUUCGUCAAAUGUUCCAUCAAAUACCACCUUCAGAACUGGACGUCCCUCAAGACCGCGGCACUCUGAUAAAUCAAGAGGCUCUGUCAGAUCAGAAGUGUCACGGUCAGUGAGCUCCUCACGGUCCUCAAUGAUCAGCAGAUUACAUUUAAACAGCAAGAAAGUAUCCUCUCCAUCUGGAGCCACUACACAUCUCUUCAGCAAGAACUCUUACCUCUGAGACAUGGAGCUUAGCCUUAGAUUAAAGGAUCUGAAACAAACAGGUUCAGGAAA